AUGGCGCUCACCAGCUUUUUACCUGCACCUACUCAGCUAUCUCAGGACCAGCUUGAGGCUAAAGAAAAGGCAAGAUCCCAGAGAUCACAGCAGACCUCACUGGUCGCCUCCCGAAGAGAACCUCCCCCAUAUGGGUACCGGCAAGGCUGGAUACCUCGGUUAUUAGAGGAUUUUGGAGAUGGAGGUGCUUUUCCAGAGAUCCAUGUGGCCCAGUAUCCACUGGAUAUGGGACGAAAGAAACAAAUGUCAAAUGCACUGGCCAGUCAGGUGGAUGCUGAAGGAAAAAUUACAUAUGAUGCAAUUGCUUGGCAAGGACAGUCAAAAGACAUCCUUCUUCGCCGACCCCGUCCACACCUUUGGGAACCCCUGGACCCCAACAAUGGGCGCCCAGUGGGUGCCACGGCCACCAUCAUGUCAGACACGGACAGCGAUGAAGAUUCGACUGGGGGCUGCCCAUUUUCUUUAACUGGAUUCCUUUUCGGCAACAUCGAUGGAGCCUUGCAGCUGGAGGGGGAAAGCGUCUUGGACGAUGAGUGUAAGAAGCACUUGGCAGGCUUAGGGGCUUUGGGUCUGAGCAGCCUGAUCACUGAACUCACGGCAAAUGAAGAAUUGACUGGGAAUGACGGUGCUCUGGUAAAUGAUGAAGGAUGGGUCAGGAGCACAGGGGAUACUGUGGACUAUUCAUACAUCAGUGAGUUAGCAGAAGAUGAAAGUCGGAGAUACCAGCACACAAUGGGGAACUUGCAGCCCCUUUGCCACUCAGAAUAUGAUGAUGAUGACUAUGAUGUUGAUUGUAAAGACACUGAUUGCAAGUUGAUGUCUCCUCCACCUCCACCCUCAGGACCAUUAAAGAAGGAUAAGGACCAGGAUGCUAUUACUGGUAUGUCUGAAGAUGGAGGAGGCAUCAUCAUGACAAGACAAGGUUACUACAUUCGGGAAUUGGUGGAUAUCUUUGUGGUUGGCCAGCAGUGCCCCUUGUUUGAAGUUCCUGGGCCCAACUCCAAAAGGGCCAAUACACAUAUUCGAGAUUUUCUCCAGGUUUUUAUUUACCGCCUCUUCUGGAAGAGUGCAGAUCGGCCACGGCGGAUCCGAAUGGAAGAUAUAAAAACAGCCUUUCCCUGUCAUUCAGAAAGCAGCAUCUGGAAGAGGCUAAAGCUCUGUGCUGACUUCAAACGCACAGGGAUGGACUCAAAUUGGUGGGUGCUGAAGUCUGAUUUUCGUUUACCAACUGAAGAGGAGAUCAGAGCUAUGGUGUCUCCAGAGCAGUGCUGUGCUUAUUACAGUAUGAGAGCUGCAGAGCAGCGACUCAAGGACGCUGGCUAUGGCGAGAAGUCCUUUUUUGCUCCAGAAAAAGAAAACGAGGAAGAUUUCCAGAUGAAGACUGAUGAUGAGGUUCGCACUGCUCCUUGGAACACCACAAGGGCCUUCAUUGCUGCCAUGAAGGGCAAGUGUCUCUUGGAGGUGACUGGGGUGGCAGAUCCCACAGGGUGUGGUGAAGGAUUUUCCUAUGUGAAGAUUCCAAACAAACCAACACAACAGAAGGAUGAUAAAGAGCCUCAGCCAGUGAAGAAAACAGUGACAGGAACAGAUGCAGACCUCCGUCGCCUCUCUUUGAAAAAUGCCAAGCAACUUCUACAUAAAUUUGGCGUGCCUGAGGAAGAGAUGAAAAAGUUGUCCCGCUGGGAAGUGAUUGAUGUGGUGCGCACAGUGUCAACAGAACAGGCCCACUCUGGGGAAGGGCCAAUGAGUAAAUUUGCCCGUGGAUCAAGGUUUUCUGUGGCUGAGCAUCAAGAACGUUACAAAGAGGAAUGUCAACGCAUCUUUGACCUACAAAACAAGGUUUUGUCAUCAACUGAAGUCUUAUCAACGGAUACAGAUAGCAGCUCAGCUGAAGACAGUGACUUUGAAGAAAUGGGGAAGGCUAUAGAGAACAUGUUGCAGAAUAAGAAAACCAGCUCUCAGCUGUCACGAGAACGGGAGGAGCAGGAGCGGAAGGAACUACAGAGGAUGCUACUGGCAGCAGGUUCGGCAGCACCAGGAAACCAUCACAGAGAGGAUGAUACAGCUUCUGUGACUAGCCUGAACUCUUCUGCCACUGGCCGUUGUCUCAAGAUUUAUCGCACAUUUCGAGAUGAAGAGGGGAAAGAAUAUGUUCGCUGUGAGACGGUCCGAAAGCCAGCUGUCAUAGAUGCCUAUGUGCGCAUACGGAUUACAAAAGGUGAGGCGUUCAUUCGAAAAUUCGCCCUUUUUGAUGAACAGCGUCGAGAAGAGAUGCGAAAAGAACGGCGGAGGAUUCAAGAGCAGCUGAGGCGGCUUAAGCGGAACCGGGAGAAGGAGAAGCUUAAGGGUUCUCCUGAGAAAAAGCCCAAAAAGGUGAAUGAGCGUCCUGACCUAAAACUGAAAUGUGGGGCUUGUGGAGCCAUUGGGCACAUGAGGACAAACAAAUGCUGCCCCCUCUAUUAUCAAACAAGUGCUCUACCUUCCAAUCCUGUUGCCAUGACAGAGGAAGAGGAAGAAGAGUUGGAAAAGACAGUCAUUCAUAAUGAUAGUGAAGAACUUAUCAAGGUUGAAGGGACCAAGAUUGUUUUGGGGAAACAGCUAAUUGAGAGUGCAGAUGAGGUUCGCAGAAAGUCUCUGGUUCUCAAGUUCCCUAAACAGCAACUCCCUCCUAAGAAGAAACGGCGAGUUUGAACCAUCCACUGUGACUAUAUGAAUAGACCUCAUAAGACCAUCCACCGGCACCGGACAGACCCCACGGUGACACUGUCAUCUAUCUUAGAGUCUAUCAUCAACGACCUGAGAGAUCUUCCAAAUACUUACCCUUUCCACACUCCAGUCAAUGGGAAGGUUGUAAAGGACUACUACAAAAUUAUUACUUGACCAAUGGACUUACAGACACUUUGUGAAAAUGUACGUAAACGCCUCUACCCAUCUCGGAAAGAGUUCAGAGAGCAUUUGGAGCUCAUUGUGAAAAAUAGUACAACCUACAAUGGGCCAAAGCACUCAUUGACCCAGGUCUCUCAAUCCAUGCUGGAUCUCUGUGAUGGAAAACUGAAAGAGAAAGAAGACAAAUUGGCUCGUUUAGAGAAAGCUAUCAAUCCCUUGUUGGAUGAUGAUGACCCAGUGACAUUUUCUUUUAUUCUGGAUAAUAUUGUCACCCAGAAAAUGAUGGCAGUUCCAGAUUCUUGGCCAUUUCAUCAGAAACCUCAAGCCAGUGUCCUAUAUGAGGAUUUGCUUAUGUCUGAAGGAGAAGAUGAUGAGGAAGAUGCUGGCAGUGACGAAGAAGAAGAUAAUCCUUUCUCUGCUAUCCAACUGAGUGAAAGUGGGAGUGACUCUGAUGUGGGAUCCAGUGCGAUAAUACCCAAACAGCCCCGCAUGCUUCAGGAGAACACAAGGAUGGGCAUGGAAAAUGAAGAAAGCAUGAUGUCCUAUGAGGGAGACGGUGGGGAGGCUUCUCAUGGUUUGGAGGAUAGCAACAUCAGUUAUGGGAGCUAUGAGGAGCCCGACCCCAAGUCGAACACCCAAGACACAAGCUUGAGCAGCAUCGGUGGGUAUGAGGUAUCAGAGGAGGAAGAAGGUGAGGAGGAAGAGCAGGAGGGGCCGAGCGUGCUAUGCCAGGUCCACCUGUCAGAGGACGAGGAGGACAGUGAGGAUUUCCACUCGAUUGCUGGGGACAGUGACUUGGACUCUGAUGAAUGAGGCUUCCUUUGGGCCUCCUUGGUCAGCCUUCCCUGUUCUCCAGUCUAGGCGAUUUAAUUUGUUUAUAUUUGUACAGUGUCUGACCCUGAAAUCACCAGG